AUGAAAACGAAACGUUCCACUAGUAAAAUACGUAAUUCUGAACCAAUAGACGAUAUACUACGUCAUGUAGGAACUAAACAAUAUUUAUUUUUGGAAACACAUAUUUGUACAAUUUAUCGAGUAACAUGUGCACCUGGAGAAACAUUUAGUGAAUCAAAAGCAUUAUCAUUAAUAGAAAAAUAUCAUCGUAAAAGACAAGCACAUUGUAAUGCUGGUUUAUUGGAAGAUCGAUUUAGUUUGGAACGUACAAAAACUACUGGAAAAAUACCAUUUCGUCCAUGGGUAUCAUAUAAAGAAAUUAUGCAUUUCUAUGUAAGUCAUUCUAAACCGGAAUUCUUUGCAUUAUGUAUUGAUUCACAACGAAGUUUACAAAAAUAUUAUGAAAUAUACAAAUGUAAGAGUGCAGCAAAUGUUAGAAAAGUUGAAGAAUUAAUGAGACGUGCAAUGAAUGAUCCAGACAAAAAACUACAUGAUGUUAAUGCACUAAGACAAGUAGCGGUGAAAGAUAGUGACCGAAUACGUUCCCUGCCGAAUUUCGAAGAAGAAAAUAUACGUGAUACUAUGAUUGAAGAUAGAUCUCCCUCACCACCAUAUCAGUAUCCAUCACCACCACCAGUACGUCAGUUACCUUCUCCUGUGAUGGUAGCCCCUGUAAGACAAGUCCCUGUGUACAAUGCAGCAUCACCUAGCCCAGUAAUUAAUUUUGAACGUUAUAAUGUUGAUGAUCUAGAAAAUGUCACGUAUAUCAAACUGGAUCCUAACAGAGGUCCAAUGAUAGAUAAAGAAGGACCAAUUUAUAUGUUUUUUUCAAGGCAGAAAAACAAUCAAAGUGAACCAAAUCUUUACAAUAAUUAUGUUAAUCAUGAUUCACCAACUUGGAACAGAAGAACUAAAAACUCUAAUGUAAUGUAUUCACCAUGA